UCCAUCUCUUUUCUUCAUUUCCGAGGAACCCAUCUUCUACAUGACCCAAAGAAAUCGAUAACUUUUACUUAAUCUCCUCUGUUUUUGGUCAAUAACAGAACUCCUCUGUUUCUCCCCUGUUCCUUUGGACACUUCCAUUGUGGAUAACGCAAAAAAAAAAAGAAAAAAAACAUGUCUUACUCAAGUGUGUGUCAAGGGUUACAAUCAAGUGUGGAACCCUGCCUUCUGGAACCACGUGUGCUAAAGCUCAAAUUGGCUCCACCAGGGUCCAACUCCAACACUCUCCCACACACUCCAAACCAUCAACAUGGAAACAAAAACUGGAGUUUCCUUCAAUCCCUCUCCAACAUUUCUCAUUGCAAGGAACCAGAAACUGAGAAAGUCUACGUCCACCCUUCUGUUAAGCGCUCGUCUUCAAUGCUGAGUGCAAAGAGCUUGGAAUUAUGCACCGAAAGCUUAGGCUGCGAAACUGGUAGUAAUGCCAGUGAUGACACCGAACACAUGUCUUUAUUUUCACCUCAAACUACACCCAGUUUAAGGAGUAACAACACUAACAAAAAUUCUGAGUCUAAAAGAUUGAACAAACGAGGUAGUAGCACCACCACCUUUCCACCUCCCUUGACUUCGAUGGGAGAGGUCAGAGUUAGGUCUCAUCGUGAAGAUGGUAGGCUUAUCUUGGAAGCCGUAACUUCCUCUUCUCCUCAACCCUAUUUUGAAGCGGAGCGUGGCAAUGGCAGACUCAGGCUUCGACUCUUUGAGUAUGAUGAUGAAGUUGCUGAUGAUGAAGGCUUGAAGCAAGAAGUAAGUGAUGAAGAUGAAGAAGAAGAAGAAGAAGAAGAAGAAGUAGAAGUAGAAGAAGAAGAUGAUGUUGUGGUUGAAGAGGAGUUGGAAGAGUACGUUGGAAAUGCUGAGGAUGAGAUGGGUAUGACCAAGUUUAUGAGGCCAAGCAGGUGCAAGGAAAGUGGGAAUAGAGUCAUUUUUGGCGAUGGAUACUUCGAGCAUCCCCCUCUUUCUCUUUGCCUCUGAUCAUAAAUCAUUACAUGAUCUUAGAUUAUUUAUUAAUUACGUGAUCAUAGUCUCUAUAUUAAUCUUAAUGUCACAUGUGGUGUGGUGUCUGAGGAUGUCUGUCACAUGGCUAUAGUCUGAGAGAGUAGUCAGAGUAGAACUUAUAUAUAUAUAUAUAUUUUACUAUUGGCUUUGAUUUUGGUGUUAGGAUUUCGGCUUUUAUGAUUGGAAGUUUGGUGAUUGAAAUUGCUGAAGGGUAGUUAUUAUAGU